AUGGGUGGUGCCAUCGGCUCAAUACCCGUGAUAGGACCGGCUAUCCAGAGUGGUCUCAAUGGGAUACCAGGUUUGGCAUCUGGAGGUUCUGGUGCGACAAAUAGUGGCGAUUCUGGAUCUGAUGCCAGCGAUUACUGGGCACUAUCUGUACACAAUGGACACAGUGAACCAAUAUUUCAAUACCUGAGUGACCUGGGUGCAAUCCCAUCGGAGGCCAAUAUAUUUUCAUUAGUAAUGGCCACCGAAGCCGUAUUGGGAGUCAUAUUCGUAUUCAUCAGAUACGCGGCCACGAAGUCCUACAUAUACUUUAAUAAUAACAACAUCACUGAUAAUAAUCAGGGUCAACUAAAAUCCUUAAAUAAAUGGUCACUCGUAUUCGGCAUAACUUUAGUGUGGGGUCUCAUAGGGAUCGCCAGUUUUAGGUCAGGCAGGGAGGGAAUGGUA